AUGGAUGAUACACCACUUCCUAGGAUAAUUGAAGAUGAGCUUUCCAUUCAAAUUUUAGAUGAAGAUUUGAGAUCCAUUCAAUUAUUGAAUCCUCAACAGAAGAUGACAUUUGACAUUAUCACUCAAAGUGUGGUGCACAAUGAAUCAAAACUUUUUUUCAUUGAUGGUCCAGGAGGAACUGGGAAAACCUUUUUAUAUCGUUCAAUUUUAGCUCAUUUAAGAAAGCAAGGUAAAAUUGUAAUUGCGGUAGCAACGUCAGGGAUAGCUGCAACACUAUUACCUGGUGGACGGACAGCACAUUCACGACUUAAAAUACCACUUAUGUCAACAGCAGAUACUCUUUGCAAAAUUGAAAAACAAAGUGACCUUGCAGAGUUAAUUAGACGUGCCUCGGCUAUAGUAUGGGAUGAGGCUCCAAUGGCAAAUCGUUAUUCGUUUGAAUCUGUUAACAAAACAUUUCAAGAUAUUAUGGGAAAUGUCUUGGCAUUUGGUGGGAAGACUAUGGUUUUUGGUGGAGAUUUUCGUCAAGUACUACCAGUUGUAAAAAGGGGAUCUGUAAGAGAACAAAUCGCUGCAAAUACUGUAAAAAGUGAUUUUAUAAGAUUACCAGAAACUAUGAUUAUACCGUGGGAAGGUGAACAAUCAAUGAAACAGUUGAUUGACUUUGUUUUUCCAAAUAUGAUGGAAAAUGUCAAUGAUGCAAACUAUAUGGUUGGAAGAGCAAUUAUCACACCAAAAAAUGUUGAUGUUGACAUAAUUAAUGACAUUCUUAUUUCAAAUUUUCCAGGGGAAGAGAAGGAAUAUAUAUCUUGGGAUAGCGUUGAAGAUGACAACAAUAACUUUUUCCAAGAGGAAUUUUUAAAUUCUCUUACUCCAAGCGAUUUGCCACCACAUAUAAUUACUCUGAAAGUAGGUUGUCCUAUUAUGCUAUUGAGAAAUGUUGCACCUGAACUUGGAUUGUGUAAUGGCACAAGGUUGAUAUGCCGUAGUCUUGGUAGAAACUUCAUAAAUGCAGAGAUCAUUACAAGUCCUCACAAGGAUACUAGUAUUAUUUCAUUCCACCGUCCGCCGAUUCUUUCUUCCUCCACCUCGCGCAUUUCGCUAUCUCUGCCGCCGCGCGUCGACGAAGGCCAAGGCCGACCGCCGCCUACACCUAGUCGGUUCCUACGUUGGUCUUUGGCCGCCGCUCCUCACUCGCACGUCCCUCCCCACGCGCCGACAACCGCGGUCUCCGCCGACAGUCGCGGUUUCCACCGCGAGAAGGAUCACACUGACCGGAGCAGCGCAUCUGACCAUCGGCCUCGCUGUCCACGACGUCCACAGCCUCCAUCCUCUGGCAAGUUGGUGACUACCGACCAUCAACUUCAGAAGCUGUUGGACAGAGGUUGCGCACACGUCGUCCCCGUCCAAGAAGGAAUCACCGACGCCCAAACCACACAGCCACAGCCACGACUGAUCGCCGGAGCUCCUACAGUCGCCGUCCUCCACGGGUAG